AAAAACAUUUUAUUCUAGACUUUAUUACUAAGGCUGUACAGUGUUUCAACAUGGGAAAAGCUGCUAAAAAUGAUCAUGACUGGGAAAUUUGAUGGAUUGGUGAAAAAACGAAAAAUAUCCUGUUUGCCUUAAUCCAAGUUUAGACAAAUCCGUUUAUCCUGGGUAGUUCAGUGCUUUACAGUAAAGUUUAUCUGUGCAAGGUAGAAGUGAGAGGAGGACCAGUGAGCUGAAAGAUAGCUCAGUCAAUCCGCUUCCUCCGUCUUUGCUUCAGUGCUUUGUACAGGAAAUCUAUUGCUAGGUCAGGUUCCAGAGAAGGGCCUCUUCUGUGCCAGCUUGCUAAUCAGGCUACAACACACAGAGUGGAAGGAAGCGGAUAGGAGAAAGGAGUGCCCGCUGCUGACAGGCUAUGAAGACCCAGCACAGAGAAGUGGGAGUCACCAGAGAGAGCCUCCCCGUGUCCGCAGAUCCUUCUCCACCUGUGUGGAGGGAAAGUGCUGAGUGAAGGGCAGGAAGAGAGAAAACAGAAAUGCUCUGCACUCGGAGAACUUCUGACCUGGGGCUGCUACUGAUUUUGACUGUCUUCUUAAUGGCUGUGAACACGUUGCUGUCUGUACUGGUGGAUACAAAAGCUGUGCUCUCCUGCCAUCCUAUCCCGCUGACAACUCUGGUGUUAGCAACAUGGAAAAUCAUCUUCAGAGACAACACUUCCUGCACCAGAGCCUACAGAAAAGAUACACAUGAGACCAUGGAAACCAACUGUACUGAUAAGGGAAUAACCUCGGCCUCCAGCCCUGACCGGAAUUCUGCCCUUCAGAUUGAGCCAGUGGCCAUCACUCAUGAUGGGCAUUACGUCUGUGAUAUGGUAACGUCUGAGGGGAAUUUCAGGCAUGGCUAUCACCUCCAAGUGUUAGUGCCCCCUAAGACGACCAUACUUUUAACGUGCAAGGCAGUUGCAGGGAAACCAGCUGCAUAGAUCUCCUGGACCCCAGAGGGGGACUGUGUCACUAAGCAAGAAGAUCAAGGCAAUGAUAUAGUGUCUGUCCAGAGCAUGUGCCACUGGGAAGAGGGCAAUGUGUCUGCUGUGACCUGCUCUGUCUCUCACUUGACUGGAAACAGGAGUCUGUCACUAGACCUACAUCGAGAGCAUGAAAAUUCAAAGAACUGUAAGUCAAUUCAGACUUGAUGAGCUAUCACAAAAAAGCAGCCAUUUGAAAUCAGCCUUCGGGUUCAAGGUCUAGCCUCACAGCUCCUGUGACUCUGAUACCUUCAUGGUUACGAGAAUUGAUGUAAUAGUUUACAAGACCUAUUUCAAACUCUUAGCAUACAGCGCGUAUAUACGCACGCGGAGCUUGGUGCCUGCCCUCAGAAAUGCCUGUGAUGACUCAUCUACUCUCCCCUUUGCCCUACCGAGUUCUUGUUUGCAAAAGCGAAACAACGCUGCUGAAGAGGAAUGGGGUUCAGCAAAAGGCAACUAACAGUACUGUGUGGUUUUUCUACACACCUCUGGUUCUUUGGAUGGUGCUUUCAUCCUAGCCUCUUGGUCUCUCCCCUCCUCACUCGUCAGGAGCCUCUUCAAACACUGUGUCCAAGUCAGCUAGUAGCUAAUCUCCCAUUCCUUGCUUGUUAAAAAUUAGCAGGACAGUUGUGUUACAUGUUUAGGCUGAUUACUGAGUACAUGUCCAGGAGUUAUUUUUAGCAGUCCUCGUGUUCCUGUAGAAAUUAGAAAUUGACACCAACCAAGGAAUUGUUAGAGUCAUUGGAGGCAGCUCUGAAUGUCACCUCACUUUAUGAGCCCCUGUGUCUCAAGGCCCUUUCUCAUCUGCACUCCAGGGUAGAGAAGGUGGCCUGACAACUGUUUAAUGAUGGUAAGAAGUGGGAGUGCUUGGAGAAACCCUGAUCAUCUUCUAGGCCAACAUAAACUGGUACCCUGUCUUUACUGAUACAUGUGGUAAUCCUAUAGUAAGAAGUAUCCCUUUAUUUAAAGGAAGAAAUUUCUUGUGUAAAGGGGCAGGUAAUUAGGGCUAUUACUUUCAUUUUUAGCAAAACUCCAAAGGGAGAAAUGACUGUAUAAUGUCUGGAGGGUACUAUAUGUCAGCAUAGUCUAAUUGUUGAAACAAACAACCCUAAAAAAUCUCGGUUGUCAAACCACAAAAGUUUAAUUCUUGCUCACUUCACACUCCAGUGUAGGUUGGUGGGGCUAGGUAGGGCAGGACGCAGGAGGGAUUUUGCUCUGUGCUAACAUUUUAUCCCGUGGUCCUGCCUUUUUCAGAGUCUUCUCUAUUCAACUGGUAAACUGGAAAAGGCGAGAAUGGAGGAGUUUAUCUGGGAAGUUUUUAUGGACCAGGCCUAGGAGUAGCAAUCACUCGUGCUCACAUUGCAUUGGCUAGUACUCAGUCACAAGGCUGUACUAACUCCUAAGGAGGCUGGAAAAUGUAGCCUUGGUGCCUUGGAAGAAAAAGAAACAAGUUUGUUGUGCAUCUAGCCAGUCUCUGUCCACAGUAAAGAACAGGACUAAUACUAAUAUUAAUAUUUACUUCAUUAGUAAUUGAACAUGAGUCAACAAAUAAAUUAGCAAAUAAUGUCAUGUACAGUUUAUAACAACUCUUUUCUUUCUUUUUUUUAAUUAGAAUUCUCUCAUGCUUAUGACUGGACAUAGAACAGAAAGAAAUCUGCUAAUAUAAUUCUAUAACACUCAAAGAUACCUUGACAGAGAUUGCUAGUUACCUGGUCCAGUGCUCACCCUCCUCAUUCUCCUUGGGGUAGAUGAAUGACUCAAAUGAUUUUGAAUGACUCAAAAUCUUCAUCUUUCCCUCCACCCGUGUAAUUUGUCAGUUACCUUUAUACUUCUGCCCAUAAAGAAAGUGUAUAUUUCUCCAUCCCAUGUAAUUUGCUUUGGCCAAUACAAUGAGGCAAAAAUGGCAGUGCACCAGUUUUGAGCCUAGGUCACAAGAAGUCUUGCAGGUUUUU